AAAUUGUGUCAAAUUUAGGAUAUUUUUUCUGUUUGUUUUGGUUUUGCUUCUAUGAAGAAAAUAAAAUUGGUAUUAUAAUAUUUUUGUUGUUAGCUGCGCAAUGUCCGACGACAUAAAGAAAUAUUUCAACGGUUUACUGCACAAGGUCAGCGGACUCUAUGUCAUACAGAUAACGGACCGGGACGGUGUCCCGUUACUCCGUGUUAGCCACAGCCAGGAUAAGAAUGUGGAUUUCGCGUUAAUGCCAUCGUUUAUACCCACAUUUACGACGGCCUGUGAUCAGGCCAGUAAACUGGGCCUGGGACGCAACAAGACAAUAAUAUCGAUGUACUCGAACUAUCAGGUGGUGCAAAUGAACAAAUUGCCGUUGAUUUUGACCUUUGUGGGUGCCGAGGAUUGCAAUACGGGUCACAUCCUGGCACUGGAACACCAGGUCGAUGGCUACUUGGAGGACAUCAAGCUGGCCGUGACAGAGCCUUAAUUAUGAAAUAUAAUCCAAAUAAAUAGAUUCCCUUUUAAUUUACGAAUGUUGUAUGUAAAGUAUAUUUAAAAAAUGAAACUUUUUACUUGGCUUAAA